AGAUGGGGAAGCCAUAAGGAGUCUGUAUCAUGGCAGCGGAUGAGGAUGGACUGGGACUGUUUGAUAUCCGCUACAGUGCUGAAGCUUCUCCCUUCAAGGAAGGUGACGACAGCUCAGUGGAUAUUUAUGAUGGCUUGGACAGCAGUUUGUCGGUUUCUGACAAUUUUGCUCCAAGUUCUACUCCAUCUAGAAUCAGCUUAAAUUUAUUUGAUGAGUUAUUAAUUGAAGAAGGGACUGCAAAGAAAGCAUCCUACGAUGAGUUGCAGGCUGAAUAUGAAAAAUGUCAGCAGCAAAUUAAAGAGUUGAUGAAGAAAUUUAAAGAAAUACAGGCACAGAAUGCCAUUCUACAGAAUGAAAACCAAGUCCUCAAAAAGAAUAUUUCAGCUCUUAUCAAAACAGCAAGGGUGGAAAUUAACCGUAAGGAUGAAGAAAUCAGUCAUCUCCAUCAAAGGCUAGCAGAGUUUCCCAAUCAUCGAAGUAUUUUCACCAGAACAUACCUUCCGGCAUCAACUAAAACAAAUGAUUCCAAAUUCAGACCUUCUGAUUUGGGUGACAGUAUAAAGAUGGAACAUAGAAUGAAAAGCGACUGUUCAAAAGAUACAUACCACACUUACUCAGCUCAUAAUGCAGAAACUGGGAAGUCUGGCUCUGAAAAAAAUAACACUCCAUAUUUGCUGAGAUACCCUCCUGAAGAGCUCUGCAGUGAUGAUACUCAUAUGUGUCCACUGAGCUAUGACCAUGCUUCCACCAAGGAUAACAGAAAGGAAAGAAAAGACAUUAAAAAUAAUGAACAGUGCAGUAGGGGAAAUGUCGGCAAACACAAAAGAGAAGUACAUCAGAGCACUGGAAAUGAGGGUGACACUGAAGAGGGGAGUUCAGAUCCUCAACAGAAGCUGAAAACCCUUUCAGAGAAGGCUAGUAAAAAUGACUUGCAACAAAAAAGUCAGAGCAUCAAACUCAAAAGCAGUCCAGAUGUAGAAAGAAGAGUAGAAAGGGGUGUUUCUUCCUGGGAGAAACAAACAGCUGGUAAAGACAGAUUUCAAACAAGAAGUGAUUUGUAUGCUGAUGAGAGACUACAAAAUGCAUUUAAAAAAGACAUUAAAAUACAUGAUAAAGGAGAAAAGCAUGCUGGCCAAAAAAAUAAACCAAAUGAAAAGCUGCAAGGACAUCCAAGGAGGCCUGGAAGGGGGAGCAGUCCACACUCAAAGAAUGAACAUUCAAAGAGUCUUCAUGAAUCACGUAAAUGUCGUCUGGAAGAGCCUAGAAAAGUGAAACAUACUGACAGCAAGAGAGACAGGGGAACAGAUGAUCAUAUCUCUCGAGAAGGAAGAACUUCACCUUCUAAUUCCAACAGCAGAGAGCAUAAAUAUGCACGCUUGAAGGAAAGCAGUAGUAGAUAUGAAUGGGAAACAGCACAUUCCAAAUCAGAAAGACACAGAACCGAAGAAAAAAGGAAAAGAGAAAAAGAGGAUCAGGAUGAAAAUAGGCAUUUUAGAAAUGAAAAAAAACUUGCAAAAAAAUUUUCUCAUCAAUCUGUAAAAGACUCCAAGAAAGGUACAAGUGUUAAAAACAGUAAGAGAAACAAAUUCUAUAAGCUGGAAGAAACGUCUGCAGCAGCAGAUAGCUUAAAAGACCAUAAAGUUCCCAAAACUAAAAAUAACUACAGUCGGACAAAAAACAAAGACUUAAAACUUAGCUUUAUGGAAAAGCUAAAUUUAACUCUUUCUCCUAAUAAGAAGCAAUGUAUCUCUGCAACAGAUGGACUUAAAACACCUUUUCGAAAGGCCACUGACAAGGGAGGAACAGAACUCACACUGCAAGCCGAACUCUUGGAUUGUGCCCACCCUGUAGACUGUGGUCCCACAGAGCAAACUCUGCACCUUCUGGACAGUGAAGCUCAGAGCAACAUGAAACCAGCACUGCCUGUUUCUGUCAGUUCUGAAAAUGAAACCUCCAAAGUCACAGCCGCAGAUCCAGCACAGUCUGCAAUGCUACCAGCAGGGGAAACUGAUGAACCAAUCUCAGAAACCUUACCAGAAGCAGAAGUGGGUCAGAUACAGCCCCAAGUCUUGCCAGGAGCAGCAGAGGUGCUGGUUCCUGGUCUGGUGCAGGCUGACAUGUCAGAAGCUGCAGAGGCUUGUGAUCUGGUUGAAUCAGAAGUCUCAGUAACAGCAAUGGCAGUGACGGGGCUGAACCACCCUGUAUCUUUGCCCCUGGAGGUGACAGGGAGUGUGACAGAGUGUGAAGACUUGCCUGGGACAGGGAUGGGUGUGAUGCAGGAUGAUAAUAUACCAGCAGCAGAAGUGGCACAAUCUGAACCUGCCAAUGAAAGUAUGGGAGCCCUUCCAGAGUCAGCGGCAGGGAAGAAAGAUGAAAUAUGGCUAGCUGCUGACAUUCAAAGCUCUGCAGACCAAUGUGGCUCUCAAAAUGUUGUCUUAGAUAAAUCAGAAGCCAGAAGUUCUGGUGACCUGGAGUCUUCUGAUGUUGCAGAUGGUGUUACUGAAACAAAACUAGACUCUUUAAUGCAAGUAAUGAGGGAUGAUGACAACUUGGCUCCCACUGAGGAAAAGGAUAUCUGCAAAAUUAGUAUGACUACAUCCCAGUCACUGGACAGAACUAUGAUAACUGAUAGGGAUGAACCACUAGUUGAUCAGAAUGCUUGUGAUCUAGAGCCAGACCUAGCUGAUACCAGUAUGCCAACAGCAUCUUCUCUCAGUGGUGAGAUGUAUCCUAUAACUAAAGAGAGGGAAACUAACCUCGUUCCUGUUGAUGAUGACAGCUCAAUACUAAGCAUUGAUCUCAAUCACUUGAGGUAUAUUCCGAAGGCAAUCAGCCCAUUGAACAGUCCGGUGCGCCCUUUGGCUAAAGCACUAAAGAUGGAAAGUCCCUGUAAAGGCAUUGUGAAGACUUAUAACAAAGAUUUAAUUCCUGAAAGUACGGUUGUCAUCUGUCCCUCAAAGAAUUUGUCAAAGGAGUUAAACAAAGAAAAUCAAAAGCCCGUUAGCAUGUCUGAUGAACACUUAGAGGUGGAGUCUCGGCUGAGUAUCUCUUCUGAAGAAAUAGAAGAAGGAGAAAUUGUAAGUAGCGAUGAAGAAGAAUCUAAACCAGAAAGAGGUUCUCAAAAUACGGAAAAGUCAAGACCAAAAGCUUCUUCUGAGACACGAAAUUUGGCCAACAGUCCGCAGAAUCAAAACAGCAAAACUGUGCAUUGCAAUGAAGAUAAUGGAAAAUUCAUUUCUGUGAAAGUAAGCACAAAGAAGAACGGAGAGAGGCAUAAAAGUCAGACUUUCAAAGUCAGAUCUUCAAGGGAUAUGAAGAAGAACAAAACUGUGAGCAUUGCUUGUCUUGAAAAAAUAGUUCAUGUUAUUGUUGAACCUUCAAAUAUACAAGAAAUCAUGCAGAUGCUAAGAGCUGUACGAAAACAGAUGAGGAAGAGUUACAUGAAGUUCAAGGUACACUUCCCAGUUCAGCAUUUUCACAGAAUUAUAGAAUCUGGUAUUAUAAAUUUUACAGCAUUAAUAAGAUACUUGAACUUUUCCAAGAUGUGUACAUUAGGUGAUACAUUAAAAUUGAGUAUCUGUGAUAUUAUAGAGUCUAAACUUAAAAAAGUAAAAAAGAAUGCAAUAGUGGACCGUCUUUUUGAACAGCAAGUAUCAGAUAUGAAAAAACAGUUGUGGAAAUUUGUAGAUGAACAGCUUGAUUACUUAUUUGAAAAGAUAAGGAGAAUUAUAAUAAAGCUUUGUGAUGUGGGAAAUGGGAGUGAGGAGGGGAAGUUUGAAAGGGCAGGAAAGCAAAACCACAAGAUUGGUCUUCAAAAUGAUGUGCAGAGAUCAAGAAAAAAGUCCCUGAAGGCCAGUUCUCAAAAGCCUGAAGAAUUUAUCAUUUCAAAGCAGAUUGUGGAUUAUCAACAACCCAAGUGUCACCAUGAGAAAAAUAAAACAGGUGCGCCAAAAACUGCCUUUACAAAAUGUCUUAACUCCAUUGAUAACACAAGGAAUUCUCAAAUUAAAGUGCACUUCUCUAAAGAGAAUAAUUUGCAAGGCACUCUUACUCCACUGAAGACUGUUAAAUAUGAAAAAGAAGGAUUCCAGCUAUCCAGAGAUGCUAACAAGUCUGAUCUUAGUUAUGAGCUUCUCACAGAACAGCAAGCAUCCAGUCUUACAUUUAAUCUUGUAAGUGAUGCUCAAAUGGGUGAAAUUUUCAAAAGCUUAUUACAAGGUUCUGAUCUCUUGGAAAAAAAUGGUGGCAAUAUCAACAGAAAUGAGUGUGAAUUCAGGACUCCAGAAAAACCGUUUUUAGGCAGUCACAAAUGCAGAGGUAAUGCUGUAGAAUUGGGGCAGGAGAUUGCUCCAAAGGAGGCAUGUGUGGAAUCUAAACCAGAAGAGGAUAUUAACUGGACUGUUGUUUCACCUGUAAGAGCUCCCUCAUUAGCAUCCAGGACUCAUAUGCCUGUUGAUCCAGAUGUGCUGGAUGAGAGCUGUAUGUUUGAGGUUUCUACAAACGCAGCUUCAUGCAAAGAAGAUGAAUGUAACUUACAGAAGAAUAAAUCGUGUGUUUCUUCUAUCCUUCUUGAAGAUUUGGCUGUUUCUUUAACUAUCCCAUCACCUUUGAAAUCAGAUGCUCACCUCAGCUUCCUAAAACCUGAGAAUAAUUCUGGCUCAACUCCCGAGGGUGUUGUCAGUGCACAUUACAGUGAAGAUGCACUUCUUGGAGAGGAGGAUGCCACUGAACAAGACAUUCAUUUGGCCUUAGAAUCGGAUAACUCAAGCAGUAAAUCAAGUUGUUCAUCAUCGUGGACAAGUCGGCCCAUUGCUCCCAGUUUUCAGUGUUGCCCCACCCUACCAAUGCAAGCAGUAAUCAUGGAGAAAUCCAAUGAUCAUUUCAUUGUGAAGAUCAGGCGUGCAAUGCCAUCUGCCUCACCAGCAUCUGAUCGCAUGACUUCAGUGAAGGAGGUGCAGACAUCCCCAACAAAGAUUGGAAAAGAAGAAAUAAGAACUGGGGGAAAAGAAAGGGGCAGUCAGAGUGCCACAGCAGCCACUGUGAAAGAAACUGUCAAACCAAAUGUGGUUGAGAUGGAUCAGUUGCCUCAUGUCUGGGCUGAACAUGAACAAAACCGUGCCUUACCUCAGGUUCCAAAGGAGUCACAUAAUAGUAUUGGAAAGGAAGAAACUACUGGUUUGCUUGGGCCCUCAAACACAGAGAGCUGCGACACUGAAAGCCCAGAUAAAAGCCCUGAGCAGUCUGAGGCACACAAGUUGAAAGUAUCCAAAAACGUGACUGAAAUGCAUGUUAGAUCUCAAGCUUCUUUUCCUGCUGAAUGCAGCAUGAAGUCAUACAUAAACUUAGCAGAUGAUAUUGUCAGUGGAACUUCAUGUCCUGCAGUGGAAUCCAGAGCAGAUAAUGGGACACAGCCAACUUCUACAGGAAACCCAGAAGUCAGUGAUAAAAAGGAAGAACUGAAAGAAUGCUUCAGUGCAUCUAUAGACUUAACAGAAGAGCUUUCCAGUGAGAGUCUAGCAGGCGAAUGUAAUCUUGAAACAAAACCCUCUUCAAAGACUGAUGGAGAGUGCCAGUUAAGUAUAGAGGAUAAAACUAGUAAAAAGAGGAAAAAGGAGGCUAUCAAAGAUAAUUUCAACUCAAAAAGGCAACGAAAAGAAACUGACUCAGGAGGAGAGGGGAGCGAUGAAAGUAAUGCCAAGUCUGAAGAAAUAAAUUCACCACCCAAACAAUGCUCCAAUAAGAAUGAGCUGCAGCAGAACAAAGACUCUUCUCCUUUGGUUUCAUCUCCAUCAUCACCUAGCCUGUAUGCCAAAAACAUCAUUAAAAAGAAGGGAGAGGUAGUAGUUUCCUGGACAAGAAAUGAUGACCGAGAAAUUUUACUGGAAUGUCAGAGAAAAGGACCAUCAAGCAAAACCUUUGUUUCCUUGGCCACUACGCUGAACAAAAGCCCAAAUCAGGUAGGCGAUAUCGUUCUUAUAUUUGAUAGCAGCAAUGGCCCUAUGUUUACACUUGCAGUUGAACAAAAAUCUCUGGAGUUGUCUUUUCCUUAUGUCUUUU